GGAAGUGCCCGGAUGCAGCGGGAGGAGGUGCUGCCGCCAUAUUUGCCCGGAGAGCAGCGAGCUGGUAGCUGCUGAGCCCCCCAGACCCAUCGCCUGCCAUCCACCCCGUGCAGUCCCCGACGCCGCCCCGCCUGCAGGACAUGGACGAUCGGGAGGACCUCGUCUAUCAGGCCAAGUUGGCUGAGCAGGCUGAGCGCUACGAUGAAAUGGUUGAAUCAAUGAAGAAAGUGGCUGGAAUGGAUGUGGAGUUGACAGUGGAAGAAAGAAACCUGCUUUCUGUUGCAUAUAAAAACGUGAUUGGAGCCAGAAGAGCUUCCUGGAGAAUAAUCAGCAGCAUUGAACAGAAAGAAGAAAACAAAGGUGGAGAAGACAAAUUAAAAAUGAUUCGGGAAUAUCGACAAAUGGUUGAGACUGAACUGAAGUUAAUCUGUUGUGACAUUCUGGAUGUACUGGACAAACACCUCAUUCCAGCAGCUAACACUGGCGAGUCCAAGGUUUUCUAUUACAAAAUGAAGGGGGACUACCAUAGGUAUCUGGCUGAGUUCGCCACAGGCAAUGACAGGAAGGAGGCUGCAGAGAACAGCUUGGUGGCUUACAAGGCUGCUAGUGAUAUUGCAAUGACAGAACUUCCACCAACACAUCCCAUCCGCUUAGGACUUGCGCUCAACUUCUCUGUAUUCUACUAUGAAAUUCUUAAUUCUCCUGAUCGUGCCUGCAGGUUGGCAAAAGCAGCUUUUGAUGAUGCAAUUGCAGAACUGGAUACACUGAGUGAAGAAAGCUAUAAGGACUCUACACUUAUCAUGCAGUUGUUACGUGAUAAUCUGACACUAUGGACUUCAGACAUGCAGGGUGAUGGUGAAGAACAGAAUAAAGAAGCGCUGCAGGAUGUGGAAGAUGAAAAUCAGUGAGACACAAAGGCCAACAAGAGAACCCAUCUCUGACCACCCUUCCCCUUCCCCACAAAAACCCUCAGUGUCACUCUGAGAACCACCAAAUCUGACUUUUACAUUGGGUCUCAGAAUUUAGGUUCCUGCCCUGUUGGGUUUCUUUAUUUUUAUUUUUUUUUUUUACACAGUUUAAAAGUUCUUAAAGGCAAGAGUGAAUUUCUGUGGAUUUUACUGGUGCCAGCUUUUAGGUUCUUUAAGACACUAACAGGACUGGGUACAGGCUCUUUCAGCAUUACUGUAUUGUGGCCAGGUUGCCAUUAGAAGUGGGUGUUCCACCUGGAGGCCCUUGUAGGGGAGAGAGAAUUGUUCCAGCAAGGCAGUGUGCAUGUGGUGGCAUUUUUUUUUCUUUUUUUUCUUUUUUUUUUUUUUUUUUAUAACUGUUAAAACUGAAUUUUAUACCAAUGUUUAAACUUAAUUGGGUGUUUAGCUUGAAGUUACAGGUUGCAUUGGGACAUACAUUGUAGUAGUUUUACUGAAGUUUCCAAACUGCUGAAAUGUCGCUGAAAACCGUGGUGCUGGUAACAGUUCAACAAUCCGUGGCUGCUCAUUCUUGCCUGUUCUUUACUUUUCCUCCAAGCAGGUUAGCAUUGAAGGUGGCAUUGAUAAGCCUGCAUGCGUGUUCAAUAUUUUUUCUUUCUCCCUCCCCUUUCCCCAUCUCCCUUCGCUCGCUCAACCUCUUUUGUUCAGUAUGUGUAACUUGAAGCUAAUUUGUACUACUGGAUAUCUGACUGGAGCCACAGAUACAGAAUCUGUAUUGUUCUUACUGAAACACAGCAUGGAAUUAACAUUAAACUUAAAUAAAACAAACCUAAAUUAAAAAUGCCAAA